AUGGUGAAUGAUCUUCUAAUUAUUGGUAACAAACUUGUGCCGAAUACGAUUCAGAGAGCAAAUUAUGGUAUGGGCUCAGUUAUGCAAGUUGAUCGACAAGGGGGAUAUUACUAUUCAGCAAGUGUAAGAUCGGAAAUACCGAUCACACGAGUAGCAUUUGUUUUUCUUCCAUCUGGCACAUACUCAUUUAAUGUUGGAACACGAAGUUAUGGAGGUAGUGGACAAUUUCAUAAUGGAAUCGUCACAUUUGAACUGACUCAGUUUGAAAAUGGGAAUUUGGCAUCUGUUGGUGAUUACCAGUUAGUCAAUAUUCCAAAACAAGUGCAAACAUUAGCGACAGAAUAA